CAGGGGAUAUACGCAACAGAAGUAUUCCAACCACACUGAAAGCAAGACCUAUAGACAUAGCUGCAGCAAUAUAAGAGUUUCAAGUUCAUCAUGGCUCGCAUCGCAAACGAGAGAGGUAAAAUGAAAUAUGGAGACGAACUUUGUAUACAGAAAAAUAUAAUGAAAAUUGAAGAGACAAUUGAGGCAAAAGAGCUGACUGGACCUUUGUUUGCAAGGCAGAUCAUAGAUGUGCAUGAUAUGGGAUCCAUUGACAUGGGUCCCAACAGACAAGAAAGAGCAAGAAGACUACUGAAUAUUCUUUUGUUCAGAGGGUCUGAGGCAUUUCAAGGCUUUCUUGAAUCGCUGGAAGUAAUGGGGUACAAAGAACUUGUAGAUCUUCUCAAAGGGACACAGUCACAAAUUUCUGAACAUGAUGUAAAGUGUUUCUUAAAGGACGAGAAAAAGGCGAAAGAUCUAGAUAGGGAGGUACAAAUACUGAAGCAAAGAAUUGUACGGGUUGAAAAAAGCAGAGCUCAAAGGGAAGAUCUUGUAGUAUUGAGACAUGAUGUCGAAGACGAGCUCAAGAACGUCAAUAUUACACUCCAGAAGAUUGAAGAACUUAGUCAAGCUAACAGAGAGACCACAGAUACAAUCAAUAGUCUACGCCAAGAACUGGAGAAGAAAGAGGAGCUACUAGCAGAAGCUCGACGGCAUAUUCAGGCCCUGAGGACUAAAGUUUCUAGUCUGGAGACUAAAAAUGAACAACUUCAGCGGACAGUAUGCAGGCUCCAAGAACAAAUUCGCAGCAAUAAAGAAGCGAGUGAUAAGAAGUUCUAUGAAAUGGAGGCUGAGAAAGAAAUAACAGAUGAACGACUUGCUAAGAUGGAAGUUAACCAGAAACAAAUGCUAGACAUGAUGAAGAGACUUGACCCGACUGGGAAGAAAGAACCAAAAGGUCGAAAAACAAACCAGAAGAUUGUACCAAGGAACAGAUUCCAAAAUAACUGACCCGUUCCAGAGCGGACAAUCGGAUGGAUUACCGUUUAUCUUUAUCAUUCUGUAUAAAGAAUGAUGAUUGACUGGCCUCGUCCUCUUUGCUUGACAGAUGUUGUAUUCUAUAUUCUUGUAUAGAGCUGAUAAUAGCUGAUUUUUCUAUACACGACGUUGGCUUCAUGAGAGUUGCUUGAGAAGGUUUUCUUAGUAUCACAAGAUGAUGGUGAUUUCUUCACGGAACUAAAAUCAACAAUUGUGAUUUUAUUAUUUCUUUUAAUAUACUCUCUCAAAAAAGAAACGAAUAACGAAAAUGGUAAUUUGAUGCAGCAAUGUAUUGGUACAGGGUGGGUUUUUCAGAAAUAUUUGUUUUGUUUAUGAUUUAUCUGGUGUUUUUGUCUAAAAACGUCAUAUCCAAACGCAUCCCGCAUGAAAAACCCGUAUGUUAAAGCAUGAUUUUCGAUAGACGCAUUUAAUGUCACAGAACACGUAUUGCACGUGCAAUGCGCUUUAAACUCGGGGAUCACAUCGUGUCGUGAAUGGGUGUAUCCUACACUGGAAGAAGUGCGUUGGUGUUGAUCCAAGGCAACCUGACAGCGCAACGCUUCUGCGAUCAAGUCCUUCGUACACACCUUCCUUCCCAUUAUCAACCGCCAGAGGGAGCUAUUCCAGCAGGAUAACGCCAGACCUCAUACGGCACGUGUCACGAGGGCCUUCCUCCAGAAUGAGAACAUCAAUGUGCUGCCCUGGCCCUCCAGAUCACCAGACUUAAACACGAUAUAACAUCUUUGGGAUGCCCUGGACAGACGGGUGCGACAGCGUAACCCACAUCCCCAGACACUCCAGCAACUAGCACAUGCACUACAGGCAGAGUGGGCUACAUUGCAGCAACAUUAGAUUCAGAGACUAAUUCGUUCUAUGCCGAGACGAUGUCACGCAGUUCUGAACGCCAAUGGUGGUCAUACGAGGUACUGACUUCAGCGCCAUCAAACGUCUAUGUGUGAUUCAUAAACUGACUUUUUCCGAUGUCUUAUUAAACAGUGACAUUUCCUGUGUUAAGUUUCUUCGAAUUCCAUUUGCUAUUAACUUGUCCACAGUGUAUCAAAAUAAAAAGAAAUCUGUAGUUAAAA